AUGGAGCAGCAGUGCAAAACUCCUUCUCCACGCAUCAAGAGGUUUAAGGCCAACGCUCGAGAAAGGCACAGGAUGCACAUUCUUAACGCAGCCCUUGAUCGUCUCCGCAGCUGCAUGCCUGUUGCUUGUCACUCGCAGAAACUUUCAAAGAUCGAGACUCUUCGACUGGCCAGUAACUACAUUUUUGCGCUCUCUGCCGUGGCGCAAGGUUCAAACGACCCUCUGGCAUUUGCCCACACCCUAACCAGAGGGAUCAGCCAGGCAACCUGCAAUUUGAUUGCCAACUCCUUGAAUACUAGUCUUCAAACCCUGCACUUAAAUGGCAGCACCACGACAACGGCCAACGAACACUCGAGCUAUGUCGAAACUUGGCAGGCAAAGUUAGGCCACCAAUUGCAAAAUUACAACCAAGAAGAAAAUCAGUCUUUGGUACCAUGCAUGUACUAA